CUCCCAAAUUUUCUGCCCACGCCCACUUAGUCACACACCUCACCAAAUUUGUGGACACUAUGUCGGUCUCCUUUCUUUCUUUUUCUUUUAUUGGAUAGAUAUAGAAUUCUCUAGAUAAUUAGAGGAGGAAAGAGAGAGGCGGUGAUGGUCUAUUUAACAGAAACAGCCUGACUAUCUGCUCCCAUUUAAUUUAACUACCAAAUUGGUUAACUGCACAUGUUCAUCGAGGAAGUCAUGGAUUGUACAAUAUGCGACUCUGUUGGUAACAUGGGAUUGUAGCUAAAAUUCUGUUGAAGCAAGGAGGACGAGAAAUAUAUGCGGGACCACUGGGCUACUGGUCAUCGCAUCUGAUCAAGUAUUUUGAGAUAAGCCGCAUUCUGUUCUUUUAGUCAAGGGAAUUGAAGGAGUAAGUAAAAUUAAAGAUGGUUACAAUCCGGCAACUUGGAUGUUGGAAGUCACGACCCCUGCACAAGAAAUAGCUUUGGGGGUUGAUUUUGCUGAUAUUUAUAGAAAUUCAGAACAGUACAGAAUAUUUUUCAGGAGACACAAAGCUAUAAUUAAGGAACUAAGCACACGUGCUCCUGAUUCGAAGGACCUAUAUUUCCCUACAAAGUAUUCACAAUCACUUUUGAUCCAAUGUAUAGCUUGCUUAAGGGAGCAACACUGGUCAUACUGGCGGAAUUCAUCAUACAAUGCUGUAAGAUUUAUUCAUACAACAAUUACAGCUUUAAUGCUUGGGACAGUGUUCUGGAGGCUUGGCUCCAAAAAGGAAAAGCCUCAGGAUCUUUUUAAUGCAAUGGGUUCGAUGUACGCUGCUGUUUUGUUCCUUGGUAUAAAAAGUGCAUCAGCAGUCCAGCCAGUAGUGGCUGCUGAAAGAACUUUUUUUUACAGAGAGAGAGCUUCUGGGAUGUAUUCGGCCUUGCCCUAUGCCUUUGCUCAGGUCCUCAUUGAGUUGCCAUAUAAUUUUAUAGCAGACAUGGUAUAUGGUGUUAUUGUGCAUACAAUGCUGGGAUUUGAAAUCACUACUGUGAAAAUCUUUUGCGGAUACCUGUAUGGUGGAGAUGGUACCCUUGGGCAUGUCCAGUGUCAUGGACGUUGUACGGAUUAAUAGCAUCAAAAUUUGGACAUUUUCUGGUGAAAUAUUUUGAUUACAAGCAUGUAAGAAAGGAAUCACCUGUUGAGGAAAAUCACCAAGUUCUGUUUGUGAAUUGAUUAGCAGCUUUGCAGCAAGAUGCAGUGGUGCGGGGUCUAUCUGCGCCUGAAUGAAAGAGAUUCGCAACUUUUAGUUAUGGCCAUAAGCAUGUAUAUGACAUAUACUUCAGAGCAGAAUUAUGUAGCAGCUGUUUGAUUCGUAUGAACUAACCUGCCCGGCAUGAAUUAGACCCAUCAAUGCCCAUGCAGUAUGUACCAGAUUUGACCUAUUACCUUCAAGGGGUACAUAUUCCUGUAUUGCCAUGUACAUAAAUAAUUUUCUAUGUACUCUUUUUAAGGAAAUGAAGACUUGAAUAGACCUUUCUUCUCAAA